AUGAACGCGGAAGCAGGUCCGAGCCGGACCCCUGCGCGCAGAUCUGCGCGCAACGCAACAUCUGCAAAGAACACUACAUUCGACUGGUCACGACUCGCCGGCAUGGACGUGGACGGGGACGACGAAGACGCCGAGUUUGGCGCGCUCGCAUUCGGCACUUACGAUGACGACGAAGAAGACUCGGACGUCAGCAAUCCUGAAUGGGAUGAUGACGAGCAUUCGGACGCGAGCGCCACUGCUAACAAGGGUGGUCCAUCCAAGAAGCCGCCCAAGCCCUCCUCCGUAAGGCCACGUACCGGCAAAAGCAAGGCAGCGAGACUGAGCACAGGUCGCAGGAAGGGGGAUACAGAAGCAAGCGACGAAUCGAAUGACGAAGAUGAGGACUAUCACAUUCAUCCAGUAGCAGACGAUGAUAUGGAUCUCGAUGCUCUGGACCCUCAACUCUUUGGCGGCACCGGCUCCUCAAAGUCCCGGCAACUCCCUCCCGAGCAGGAAGAUGCCGAAGUGGACUUUGAGCCCGAAUCCUUCCAGCGCCUGGUCAGCUCUCUGCAAGACACGUCUCGCGAAGCAGGUGCACUCCGUCAGCAAUGGGACACUUCUAUCGAGGUCGAAAACGCCGAAUUUGAAAACGAGCUUCGCGCUGCUGCAGGUUUCAAACAGAAACGUCGCGCACGAAGAAGAGCUCACGAGCAGCCGCUCUCACCCGAGGUUCAAGCCCUACUCGCGGACGCAAAUCUCGCAUACGUCGAGAACCGUGUUCACGAUGCCAUCCCCAAACUCGAAGAGGUCAUCCGCAUCGAGCCCAACGUCAAAGCAGCCUGGAACACGCUCGGUCUCAUCUACGAAGAGAUAGGCGAAGAGGAGAAGAGCAUUCAGUGUCGGAUCAUCGGCGCUCAUCUUCAGUCUGGCGCAUCGCAGGAGUGGAAGUCGCUCGCCUACCGCUCGAUCGCGCAGAUGCUGUAUCGUCAAGCCAUCUACUGUUUCCAGCAAGCUAUCAAGAUCGACAAGGCUGAUGUCGAUAGUAUUUGGGACCGAGCAUUGCUCUUGCGAGACCUGGGAGACUUCAAGGCUGCUAUCAAUGGCAUGCUUGAUAUCCUCAAACUCCAACCGUACGACUCGUCGGUUGUUCGAGAGUUGGUUCCCAUCCUUGUCAGCACAAGGGAGUAUGACCGUGGGAUCGAGGUGCUCGAACGAUGGAGAAAGUCGAGCAUGGAAACGUUUCCAGAUCCGAGCCUCGACGGUCAAUUGGAUCCAGCAAUCACAGGAACGGGGGAUGCAGAGGAGGCGACCCUAGCGACGCCUGCAGCGCCAACGGUCAACAAGUUCAAAAUUUCGGAGCUGGUCACACUCGCCGACCUGCUGCUUCUCACCCGCAAACCUGUCGAGACGGUCACUCUACUUCGCCAGACAGCGCGAUGGCUCGACGGCCGAGCAAAGGAAGAUUUUUGGGACGCAGUCAAUGACGAUCGCGAAUUCGACGGCGACAUCGACCUACAGAUCCGCAAGGAGCGCGAUCUCGAAGGGUACGGUCGGCAGGUCGAAACGGCCGAACCGCACAUGCUCGAUCCCGAGGUUCGGCUGCGUCUUGGCAAAGCUCGCAUGAUGCUCGGAGACCUGAUCGAAGCAAAGCAGCACUUUGACAUUCUGACCGACGGAGAUCCGGGCGACUUUCCUCAGAUUUUUGCCGAGGUGGGCGACUGCUACUACGAACACAAGCUGUGGGCUGAAGCUCUCGACGUGCUGACUGAUCUGGCGAGCACAGAGUAUGCCACCGACGACGUCUCGCUGUACGCCAAAUUGGCCGCCUGCAACCACGCGCUGGGUGAGCUAGAAGAGGCGGCACGGCUUUAUGAGCCGGUCGUCGAAGCGUCGCCGGAUACGCUGGAAUGGCAGAUGCGACUCGCAGAGGUUUACGAGGGGCUGGGCGAGAAGGAGAAAUCACUCGAAGUGCUGCGACAAGUCAUGCACAUCCUGCAGACGCAGAGAACAGCAGAGACGCAGCUAGAAGCCGGUCUCGAUCCUAACGUUGCAGCGUCUCAGGCAGGCGGCAUCGCCGAAGGUCAACUCUCCUUCUUCGACGAGGUCGGUGCCUCUUCGCCUAACAAAGCAGCCCCUACCGCCAAACGAGCUAGGAUGAACUACAACCGGCAACAGAGACUCAAGUUGGAAGUGCAACGAGAGCAAGAGACGCAGCUGUCGUGGCGACGUCUCGAGCUGCUCGACGCACACGUCUUUAUCGAAGGCUUCUGGAGGCACGACGUCGCCGUGACGCAAGAGGGUGAGGAGUUGUUUGGCGAACUCUACACUUCAACCGAAAGCGUCGAUCAGCGCGAGAAGCGAUAUCGACAGACAUCGCAGUGGCUAGAAGAAGCAGGUGGGCUCAUCGAUGCCUUCCGCCUCAACCCUCGACUCAACGGUCAUCAUCUCAAGAAGAAGCGUCCCGGUGGCGGUCGUACCUCUGCCGGAAGACAGCGUCGUGCAGAUGCACCAUCCUCCACAGGUACCCUCGCCAGCCUGCUCAACCAACACGCCGUUGGCAACAACGCUAUAUCCACCCAGGCGCGAAACCUGCUCCAUCGGCUUCAGGAUCAACUCGUCGAGGACGACGCCAUCUCUGACCUCGCUGACGGAAGCGAAGCCGGUGACGCUGGAGACACUACCCGCUCCUCUCGCGCUGAACCUGGACCCAAACAGCUGGAUUUGUCUCGCUUCCGCGGUCUUUCCAUCGACCAAUGGAUCGAGCUUUUUGCCAAAUACUGUUUCCUCCUCGUCAAAUCUAAUCAGCCCGCGUCUGUCGUCAACUCCCUCCUCCAAUCUCUGCAAACAUCAGCGGUCGUCUGGGGCAUAUUCGAUCGGAUGCUCGUCGUUCAACUUUCCUGGCUCUCGUGCGCACUGUACGCCAAAGACUGGCCUACGGUGUGGAGCUCCGUGCGGUGGAUGGCGCAGGAAAUGCAGUUCCACAACUUCCCCCUGAAGCUAGGUGCGAGCCUUGCCAACGCUACGGGGAUUCACAGUCUGGGUCGGAUGAUCAGCAACAACGAUGUCAAGUUCUACCAGCGCAGGAUGCGGCAGGCGGAGGCGGUGGCGAGGGGUGCGCCGUGCAAGUUCUCCGGAGUCAGUCGUAGGUGGCAGGUUCCGAAGGAUGUUACGGCGUCUCUUGCUAGGCAAGGUGAUGAUGCGUGGGUGGGGCAGGGAUCUGCGCAAAGGUCUGCAGCAGACGCGAGCGAGUCCGACGCAGAUCUCUCAUCCGAUCAUCAGGAAGAAGCUUCUUCCAUCCCGGAAAUCAAGGGUGAUCGACCAGACCCUGCGCUAGCCGUUCGACUUGCACGCCCUACCAAACCUUCACCUCUCGCGGAAAUCUUCUACGGCUACAUGCUGCUCUACUCGGGUGGCUUCCAGUCCUCCUCCGCCUUCUUCGGUCGAGCGUUUGCCAUCCAGCCCACCGACCCUCUACUGUGUCUGGUCACGAGCGUAGCCGUGCUCAGCAGAAGCACGAAUCGGCAAACCGACAAUCGUCAUCAUAUGAUCCUUACGGCAAUUUCGUUCUUGCAAAAGUACCUUAAAUAUCGCGCGGAGGAAGGAGAAGUAGGAGAAGGGAAAGGAAAGUAUUGGGCGGAGAUGGAGUACAAUAGAGGAAGAGCGAUGCAUCAUGUAGGGCUGGUGCAUUUGGCAGAGAGACACUACAGGAAUGUGUUGGAGUGGGUUGGCGGCGAAGGUGAAGAAGCGGAAGGAAGAGGAUGGGGGAUGAAGAGGGAGGCGGCUUGGAAUUUGGGCUUGAUCUACACGACGAGCGGAAGUACGGCGUUGGUGAGGGAUUUGUAUGAGAAGUAUCUCCGCGUUUGA